AGCUCUCUCCCUCCGCGCUUCCGAUCAGUUCACGACGACUCCAGGUCCAGGAGGGGCGCACUUGACUUUCCCCUCCUCCUCCUGCGAGCACCUUCCUCGCCUCGCUCUCAUGGCCUCAUCAGAGCCUAUAGAGUGCCAGUUCUGGUACAUGUUUGCAGAGCGCGCAAUUGGUCUUCUUCUUCAGCUUGUCUGAUUCCUGUUCCAGCGGUCCAGCCACUGUUUUUAUUUUCUUCAUCUUCUUCUUCUUUCUGUUUGAUUCUUCUUCUUCUCAGCGAUCCGUCUGUGACUGUGUGUCCUGUUUUAAUUCAGGUUGUGGCGCUGAGGGUGUCGAUUCACUGCCAAGGAUGCAAGAAGAAGGUGAAGAAGGUGCUCCAGAACAUCAGCGGCGUGUACCGAUGCGAAAUCGAUGCCCGGAGCAACAAGGUCGUGGCGACGGUCUCGACGGAGCUCGACCCCUACAUGCUGGUCGCCAAGCUGCGCAAGUCCGGCAAGCAGGCGGAGCUGUGGCCGGAGCAGCCGGUGCAGCAGCAGGAGCAGCCGGCACCAGUACCACCAGCUGAGAGCCAAAGGCAGGAGGAGCCCAAGAACAACCAGCCUGCGGAGCCGGGCCGACCCAGCGAACCUGCCGAGGAGCGCGGCGCCGCCGCCGACACGGCCGAGGCCGCCGCGGCGGAGCCGAGCAACCCGCUACCUUCGCCGCCGGAGCCCAAGCCGAGCGCCGGCGGAGGAGAGGCCCCGAAUCCGGCGGCCCAGGACAGCAAAGAAAACGCCAGCGCCGACGACGUCGGCGGCGGCGACGAUACGGCCGCGGCACCGGCACCGGCGCAGCAAGGACCCAGCGAGGCGAAGGGGAAAGCGAAAUCGAAGCAGCAUACGGCGGAGAUGGAGGAGAGGCAGCCCGUGGACGCCAGAGUGACUGUGGAGUACGACCACCGAGGCGUCGGUGGGGGCUACGUGAGCCGCAUGCCGCCGCCGGCAGUCAUGAGCUACAACCAGGUGCGCCCGAGCGUGAGCGCGUCCUACUACGCCCCCGCCCCGGCUCCGGCGCCGGCGCCGAUGCCGAUGGGGAGGCCCGGGCCGUCGCAGGGCUACAUCGACGAGCACUACACGCCGUCUUACAGCAGCAGUAGCAACAACUACUACUCCUCCAACCGGUCGCCGGCGUACGAGCCGUACUACUACAGCGCUCCGCAGCCGGCGCCGUAUAGCUACCAGUACCAGUACCAGCCGGCUUCUUCGUCCGAGGAUUACUACUACAGCGCGCCGCCGCAGAGGAGCGCCUUCUCGCCGCCGCGGGAGGGCUACGGCGACAUGUUCAACGACGAGAACGCCAAUUCUUGCACCGUCAUGUGAAGGGAGGAUGCAUGCAAACAUGGAAGUAGCUAGUUUACUUACAGUUCCUUAUUAAUCAAGCGACUCUCUCUAUAUAUAUAUAUAUAUAUUUGUGUGUGUUAGUAUAUUUUAGAACCAGUAAUUAAGUACGAGUAAGGAGAUGUAUUAAAAGCACUGUUCAGUCUUGAUGGCGCUGAAUAAGUUGAGAGCUCUGAGCUUGAAUGCUUGAUGCAUGUACCAACCGUGAUAGAUAGAGGAGAAUGUGAGGAUCUGAAUGAACAGCUCUGGUGUUCAUCACAGCAAAUUUUGUAAUGUAUGACAUGGUCAAAAUGGGGACUUCCAAUCUCUUCAACUUCUUCAUUCAUGUAAGAACUUUGUAUGUACACAGAACAUGAGCAAAGACACGAUCGAGCUGUUCUGUUUC